GCAGGGGAAGGGUUAACUCACUGCUGGGUGGGAGUGGGCUACCAGCCCUGGCUCUGGAUGUGCACGUCCUGGGGACAGCCAGCAGGCAGGCCCGCCCCCCCUCUGCCCGUGCCGCCUGCCCAGCCAGCAGGAAGGGGUUAACAACCCUGCGCUUCCUCCUGUGUCCUGUUACUGCUGAGGCAGACCUGCCCGGCCAGCUGGGCAACUUUCCUCCGAGUGCUGCCUGCCGGCUGGGCGGCUAAAAGACCAACGGGCAAGAGGCAGGGCUGCAGCCCCUCCUGGGGACCCUGCCUCCACCCUUCCAAGGGGUCUGCGCCUCCUGGGAGAGGGUGGGCAUCUCCAGGACCGGGGUCCGUGGUGGAUGGCUCUGGGGACGCUCCCGAGGCUGUGCUGUCCCCCUGCCGCGCAGGUCGGAAGGUCACUGCAGAGGCUGCUCGUGGUCCCAGGGCUGGGGCCAAGGGAGCCUGCACCGGAGACCCAUGUGGAACCCAAGGACGCAGCCGCCCUGCUGAGAGCUCGGCGGCCCAUCCCUGGAGACCGUGACCUCGAGACGGUGGCCCUCGGCCCUCCACCUCCGGCGGGGGCGGGGGCCGCCCAUCUCCAAGUCCCCAGCCAUGACGACCUCAGCGCUGCGGCGCCAGGUGAAGAACAUCGUGCACAACUACUCGGAGGCUGAGAUCAAGGUGCGCGAGGCCACCAGCAAUGACCCGUGGGGCCCGCCCAGCUCGCUCAUGUCGGAGAUUGCCGACCUGACCUUCAACACGGUGGCCUUCGCCGAGGUCAUGGGCAUGCUGUGGCGGCGGCUCAACGACAGCGGCAAGAACUGGCGGCACGUGUACAAGGCGCUAACGCUGCUGGACUACCUGCUCAAGACGGGCUCCGAGAGGGUGGCCCACCAGUGCCGCGAGAACCUCUACACCAUCCAGACGCUCAAGGACUUCCAGUACAUCGACCGCGACGGCAAGGACCAGGGCGUCAACGUGCGCGAGAAGGUCAAGCAGGUGAUGGCCUUGCUCAGGGACGAGGAGCGCCUCCGGCAGGAGCGGACCCACGCCCUCAAGACCAAGGAGCGCAUGGCGCUGGAGGGCAUGGGCAUCGGCAGCGGGCAGCUGGGCCUAGGCCGCCGCCACGGAUCCCCGUCCUCCUACAACUCCUCCUCCUCAUCCCCCCGCUACACGUCCGACUUGGAGCAGGCCCGGCCCCAGACGUCAGGAGAAGAGGAGUUGCAUCUGCAGCUGGCUCUGGCCAUGAGCCGCGAGGAGGCUGAGAAGCCCGUCCCCCCAGCCUCCCACAGGGAUGAGGACCUGCAGCUGCAGCUGGCUCUGCGCCUGAGCCGGCAGGAGCACGAGAAGGAGGUGAGGUCCUGGCGGGGAGAGGACUCCCCUGUGGCCAAUGGUGCUGGGGCUGCAGUUCGCCGUUGGCAAGACAAAGAGCCAGAGAGAGAAGAGGGAAAGGAGGAGAAGCUGAAAACCAGCCAGUCUUCCAUUCUGGACUUGGCAGACAUCUUUGUACCUGCCCCGGCCCCGCCCUCCACACGCUGCUCUGCUGACCCAUGGGACAUCCCAGGUCUCAGGCCGAACACAGAGCCCAGUGGCUCCUCCUGGGGGCCUUCCGCAGACCCCUGGUCUCCUGUCCCCUCGGGAAGUGCCCUGUCCAGAAGCCAGCCCUGGGACUUGCCCCCUAUGCUCUCCUCCUCAGAGCCCUGGGGCCGGACCCCAGUGCUGCCUGCCAGACCCCCAUCCACAGACCUCUGGGCACAGAACUCCCCCCAUCACCAACUCCCCGACACUGGGGCUGACCCCUGGGGAGCCUCGGUGGAGACCUCCAAUGCACCUGCUCUAGGUGGUACCUCACCUUUUGACCCAUUUGCCAACCCUCCAGUAUCCACAGAGACCAAGGAGGGGCCGGAGUGUGCCCAGGCCCUGCCUUCGGGAAAGCCCGGCAGUCCUGUGGAGCUGGACCUGUUUGGAGACCCCAUUCCCAGUUCCAAGCAAAAUGGCACCAAGGAGCCAGAAUCCUUUGACCUGGGUGUACUGGAGGAAGCGCUAACCCAGCCCAGUAAGGAGGCCCGAGCAUGCCGGACUCCUGAGUCUUUCCUGGGCCCUUCGGCCUCCUCCUUGGUCAACCUUGAUUCAUUAGUCAAGACGCCCCAGGCUGCAAAGACGCGAAACCCUUUUCUGACAGGUCUCAGCGCUCCAUCCCCCACCAACCCGUUCGGUGGGAGCGAGCAGGCCAGGCCGACCCUGAACCAGAUGCGCACCGGGUCGCCCGCGCUAGGCUUGGCGGCCGGCGGGCCGGUCGGGGCGCCCUUGGGUUCCAUGACCUACAGCGCCUCCCUGCCUCUCCCGCUCAGCAGCGUGCCAGCCGGCGUGACCCUCCCCGCCUCGGUCAGCGUCUUCCCGCAGGCCGGCGCCUUCACGCCGCCGCCCGCGAGCCUGCCACAGCCCCUGUUGCCCACGUCGGGCUCCGCGGGGCCGCUCCAGCCGCCCCCGCAUCCCGGCACCAACCCCUUCCUCUGA